AUGAUCAUAUCAAUCUGUAAAUCAGAGCAAGAAGAUCAACAUAUUAUUCAUGCUCUAUUUGGUGAUAUAUAUAAAAAUGAUAUUGUUUAUUAUGGAUUCGUUGAUCUGGAUAAAUCCGAAUACAAUAUAUUAAGUACAGUAAAUGUCGAUGAUGUUGGAAAUCCUCAAAAAAGAAAACAUCAAAUUGUACCAUUGACAUAUGAUCCUUCAAAUGAUAUUGUAUUUAUGUCAGCUAUAAAUAAUCAAAAUAAAACAAUAUUAAGUGUAAUUGAUGCUACAAAUGGUAUGCUUUUACAUACAUUUAAUUCAAUUCCUAAUGAAAUUAUUUCUCUUCAAUAUGAUAUAUUCAAUAAUAAAUUAUUUGCACAUGCUGAAACUAAUGAUAAAAAUUUAACACAAAUUGUAGAAAUCGAUACAAAUAAUGGAAAUUUUAGGACAAAUAUCUGGAGCUAA